AUUUGUAAGUCGCUCUGGAUAAGAGCGUCUUCUAAAUGACUUAAAUGUAAAUGUAACAAAUAAAAAGGUUAGCAACUACUUCCGGGUGCGUGAUACCACGUGAUCAGUAUACGUUUACCUUCGUCGUUUCGUAUUUUCCUGGAGGAGGCUUCGAGCGUGUCGUGAAAUUUUAAAAGCUUAAAUCGACCCAAAUAUGGCAGAGGCUGACCGACCAGGGAAGCUCUUCAUCGGUGGCCUGGACACUGAAACUAACGAGAAGGCCCUUGAGAAGUACUUCAGCAAAUAUGGCAGAAUAGUAGAAGUUCUGUUGAUGAAAGACCGUGAAACGAACAAAUCAAGAGGUUUUGCUUUCGUGACCUUUGAGAGUCCAGCAGAUGCAAAAGAUGCUGCGCGCGAAAUGAAUGGGAAGUCACUUGAUGGUAAGCCAAUAAAGGUUGAACAAGCAACAAAACCUCAGUUUGAGUCAGCGGGCAGACGUGGCCCACCCCCCAUGCGUGGCCGUGGUCCCCCUAGAGGUCCUAGAGGAUCUAGAGGAGCACCAAUGAGGGGUCCACCAUCCAGAGACUACUAUGAUAACGUAGGGAUUGUAGAACCCUUUUUCAAAGGGAUUUCGUCCAGAGGCCCUCCACCACUGAAAAGGGGACCUCCGAUUCGUAAUGGAGGCCCCCCACCCAAGAGACAUGCUCCAUCUCCAAUGGGCAGACGUAAGUCUUCCAUGUCUAGGGACAGGGACCCCUAUGGCCCACCCCCUCCCCGCAGGGACUCAAUGUCCAGAAGGGAUGAUUACCCAUCACCGAGAGAUGAAUAUUACAGCACAAAGGACAGCUAUUCUAGCCGGGAAUAUGUGAGUUCCAGGGAUACACGGGACUACGCACCAACGCCACGGGACUAUCCGCCAAGGGAUUAUCCCCAAUCCAGUUCCCGUGAUGAAUAUGGGUCAAUGUCAAGGGGCUACAGUGAUGGUUAUGGUGGAGGCCGGGAACCCAAAAGCUAUAUGGAGCGCCCUACUGCAGCCUCUUAUCGAGAGCCCUACGAUGGUUACGGUAAUUCACGCAGCGCCCCACCCUCAAGGGGCCCCCAACCAUCCUACAAUGGCAGUGGCGGAAGCAGUCGCUAUGACGACUAUGGAAGCAGUUCCCGGGAUGGCUAUGGCAGUCGUGAAAGUUACCCCAGCAGUCGAAGUGAACCAUACCCUCCUAGCCGUGGUGAGCGAAUGGGCAAGCAGGAGCGGGGGCCAGCACCCCCAAUCGAGAGAGGCUAUCCCCGUGAAGCGUACAGUGGCUCAAGUCGCGGGGCUCCCCGUGGUGGCCGCGGAGGCAGCAGAGUUGAUAGAGGAAUUGCCCGCAGCAGAUACUGAGAUGGAUAUGACAGAGCGAUCGUUACACAAUGCCUGCUCAUUCACUCCUUGUAUAGUGAGGGUGAAAAAGUAGGGAUGUCAAAUUCCAUGGACAAGCUUAGGUUUUGAGCUGUUUAUCCUCACCCUGUCAAUUUCUUUUUGUUUUAAGUGUUAAAAUUGCUUGUUUUAUAAUUCCCCGGCCCAUGUGAUACCAUUUCCAAGUGAUGAGUGUUUAUUUUUUGUACAUUUAGUGCUGUUAUGUCCUGCUAUAGUCUUGGAUAUGGCUUUCAUACACUAAUAAAGUUUUUAACCAAAGAA